AUGACUCAAUCAAAGGCAGACAAGAUCGAGGAGGUCCGAUCCAACCUCCCUCUACCUGACCAGCCCCCCGUCGCCUCAGACUGGAACUCGGCCGACGCCCGCAACGUCAACGUCGGCUCCGGCGGCGUCCAGAGCGAUAUCUCUACCGGCGCCGGCUCCACGUCGGGUCUGCGUGAGCCCGCAAGCAAGAAGGACGUCGACUUAAGCAGCGUGGGUCGCCAGGGCAAGGAUAACCUGGAGAACCCGCCUAAGGAUGCCAAGUCCAAAUAG